UGAAGUAGUAGCUUUCUUGAACGUUCCUCGUUCACUGUGUGUAUGUGGGUACGUUCAGAGAUCCGCAGGGUAGCUGUCCUUCGGGCAUCUUGAGCAACACAAAACACUGCACACAGAAACACAGGAGAGAACGUCAAUGCAAUGCUGCUCCUCAGACGCUGCCACAGGCUGAAUCCAAUUGGCCCACUCAGCAUUGACAGAAAUCAGGUGGCACCUGUAGUUGCAUCGUGUGCAGUUCGUCUCUGCAGCAGCAGCAAUGACCAGAGGUUUCACCAAUAUGGCUUCAGUGCCAGCUGGAGACACGUCCUGGCAGGACUGCUGGCUGGCACAGGGGCUGUACUAGCAUAUGGUCUACACCGUCACAAGGCUAUAGAGAAGAGCUCCCCGCUUCCUAUCAUCAGCCAGGAGGAAGUUACAAGGCAUCGCUCCCUGAAAGAUGGCGUUUGGGUCACCUACCAAGGCGGCGUCUAUGACAUUACAGAGUUUGUUUCCAUACACCCUGGUGGGGAGAAAAUCAUGAUGGCAGCAGGUGGUGCCAUUGAGCCCUUCUGGUCGCUUUAUGCGGUACACAAUCAGGAGCAUGUGCUGGAAAUCCUCUCUGAGUAUAAGAUUGGUGAGCUGAAAGCAGAAGACCUGAAGAAGCAAUCUACUUUUAAAUCAUCAGACCCCUACUCUUCUGACCCUGAGCGUCACCCUGCCCUGCGCACCAACAGCCUCAAGCCCUUCAACGCUGAACCUCCGCCUGAAAUCCUCGCUGACAGCUACAUUACGCCCACUGCUUUCUUCUUCAAAAGAAACCACCUCCCGGUUCCUCAGGUGGACCCCGAUUUAUAUCGCCUACAUGUGGAGGGGCUACCCAGAGGAGUGCUCACACUGUCUUUAGAAGAGUUGAAGACUCGAUUCCCCAAACACACCAUCACAGCUACCCUGCAGUGUGCAGGAAACCGCCGUAGUGAGAUGAAUAAGACCCGACAGGUUAAGGGACUGAACUGGGGCUUUGGUGCCAUUGGUAAUGCGACAUGGAGCGGUGCCAAGCUCAGGGAUGUCCUGCUGGCUGCAGGUUACGGGCCAGAUGUAGCCCAGUGGGCUCGCCACGUUCAGUUUGAAGGACUGGAUAAAGAAAUAACAGGGAGUGCAUACGGUGCUUCAAUCCCUAUAAAUAAGGCAGUUAGCGAGGAGGGUGACGUGCUGCUGGCCUAUGAAAUGAACGGCAAGGAUAUUCCGGCCGACCAUGGCUUCCCCAUUCGUGUGGUUGUACCAGGUGUAGUGGGCACACGCAACGUGAAGUGGCUGGGUAAAAUAGUAGUCAGUGCACAGGAGAGCAACAGCCACUGGCAGCAGAAAGAUUACAAAGGUUUCGCCCCUGGAAUAGACUGGGACACAGUUGACUACAAAUCUGCUCCAGCCAUCCAAGAGCUGCCUGUUCAAUCUGCCAUUACCACACCUGCAGAAGGCUCCGUGAUCGAUCGCAGCGAAGAAAUGCUGACUGUGAAGGGCUACGCUUGGAGCGGCGGGGGCAGAGAGGUGAUACGCGUCGAUGUUUCUGUGGACGGAGGGAAGACGUGGAAGGAGGCCAAGUUGAAGAGCAGCGACAAGGAAGAAGAUCAAACUUCUCCCCCACUAGGACGAGCUUGGGCAUGGAAGCUGUGGGAGAUAACGGUUCCUCUUCCUCCAGAGGCCCAAGAGCUGGAGCUCAUUUGCAAGGCAGUGGACAACAGUUACAACACGCAGCCGGACACAUUCGGUCCGAUCUGGAAUGUGAGGGGCUUGCUGAGUAACGCCUGGCACAGAGUGAAGGUGAAGAUCAGCGAGGAUGACGACGAAGAAUAGGCUCAGCAUUUGAAGUACAGAAAUCAAAAGACUUAGAGCUUAAACAGAGUCAUCUCAGAGUGGGCUCUUUUUGUCUUUUUUAAUUACAUUUGUGUCAUGGACUCAGCAAAUGUAGGAUCAACCAGGAGUAGCACUACAUUUUGAAAUAUUUUUGACAAACGGCCUUAAAAAUUUAUUCAUUUUGUUGCCUGGGAGAUUUGCAGCGGUACACACAUGGGAUGAAGCUCAAGGCUGUGAACAGCCAAAUUAAAUUAUGUCUGGUUAUCUCCAUUUAUUAGUCACUGUCUUUUAUUCUUAAGCAAAACUGUGGUUCAGUUUGACUCUGAAGCUCUGUGGUUUAUAAUGAUGAAGCAUUUAUUUUUUACAAUCCAUAUUUAUAACACUGAAAAUGAACUUUGAGCUGUUCAAAGAAAAUCUACCUGUAGUAACCAUCUCGUUGAAGUAAUCGAUGUUUGGCUUAGGUUAGCGCAUCAGUGGUGGACUGUGGCCUCUGACUAAUCAUGCUGUGGACCUGUCCUCUGCUCUUUCAGAGGAGAUAUGAAAUACAAAACUAUAGUGUGAAGUUCCAGAUGAAGUCCAGCUGUGUACAGGACAACGCUACAGCGCAGCAGAGGUCCCUGUGUGGUAAGGAGAGGCCAGAAAAAAUACUGUUGAGAAGUGAGUGCUGACUCCUUACACUCAGAGGACGGGGGGAAUAAUAUGUAGGACUGGUAAAAUGUAACGGUUAGUCAUUUUAGCAUUUGUUUGAAGAACUGGAGAAACUGCAGGUUUUAUUUUUUUACAACAUUAUGAAAAUAUGCCGAUGCACUGCUCUUAAGUCUAAUUAACAGGUGGAUUAUAUUUGAAAGUGUGAGAAUCAUGAAAUGUAUUUAACUGCUUACAAUGAAUAAAGACUUGGACUUUA